AUGGCUUGUAACCAUUUCUAUGGCAGCGCAGCGCACACAGUUUGCAGCCUCGGCAUAAAAGUGAAGAUGGAGAUCAAUGUCACAGUUUUAUAUCAAAUCAAGAAGGAAAUUCCAAUGCUGCGGCUUAUAAAACUAGUAAGGGUUCACAGAGAGCAAGCACUUUCUGUACACUACAGGCAGAUUGUAGAAGCUUACAGGAAAUUGGACUAUGACUAG